AGGAGGAGGAGGAGGAGGAGGAGGUGGAGAGCACAGCUUCCCGCAGCUGACGAGGAGAAUGGGAGUGCGGGACGACUGGCCGCCGCGGGGUGUCCAGGCCGCGGCCGAGCUCGCCAGACGCGGGGCCGGCGCCCGCCGCCUGUAAACCGGAGGGCGCGGCGGCGGCGGAUCGCGGCGCGCGGGGUGCCGGGUGGCGGCCGGAUGGAGUGGAAGGGCUCGGCGGCCGGGACCAAAGGGAACCCGAGCCCGCCGGGGGCCGGCGAGGGGCAGCGGCCGCCACCGCCGCUGUGCGCCCCGGGCGGCGGCUGCGGCGGCGGCGGGGCUCCGGCGCGGGGCCAGGCUGGGGCGGCGGCCGAGCCCGCCGAGUCCAUCCGGCGCGCGCACGAGUUCAAGAGCCAAGGCUCGCAGUGCUACAAGGACAAGAAAUUCCGCGAAGCCAUCGGCAAGUACCACCGGGCGCUGCUGGAGCUCAAGGGGCUGCUGCCCGCCCCCGGGGAGCGGGACUCGCGCGCGGCCUCUCCGGCCGGGGCCCCGCACCCGAGCCGCCUCUCGGAGGAGCAGAGCCGGACGGUGGAGGCCAUCGAGAUCGACUGCUACAACAGCCUGGCAGAGACAGAAGGGAUCCCAGCUGGCCUGGAGGCGGCUGCUGCUACUAUCACUCCCCCGUGGACGUGGGUCCAAUGCGGGGAGCAGCGCCAGGGUGGGCCACCCGCACCCACGCUGUGUGUGCCCAGCCACUGCUCUCUCUCCCUGGCAGCCUGCCUGCUCCAGGCUGAGCUGGUCAAUUAUGAACGAGUCAAGGAGUAUUGCCUCAAAGUCUUGAAGAAGGAAGGGGAGAACUUCAAGGCCCUUUACCGGUCUGGUGUGGCCUUCUACCACCUUGGGGACUAUGACAAAGCACUCUACUACCUGAAAGAAGCAAGGACCCGACAGCCAACAGACACCAAUGUGAUUCGGUAUAUCCAGCUGACGGAGAUGAAGCUCAGCAGAUGCUCCCAGAGAGAGAAGGAAGCCAUGUAACUACAGCACCUCUCUAGACUUGCACUUGCACCCGACCCUGGACUUCUAGGCAUUCCCUGGUGGAGAGCCCCUCCCUGGGUUCUGGUCCUUUCUCCCCACUCCUUCCACCAGCGCCCCCCCUCCCAUCUCUUCUUCCUGUUGCCCCCCAACUCUUGUCUACUCCCAGUGUGAAAAGAAGGAUAUACAAAUCUGGAAUCUGGCGGGUUGCCCUGACAAUGGAGAUAUCUUCUUCUCUAGGUCAGCCACUGAGAGGGACCUGAGCUCUGUGGGGACAGCCGGGGAAGGCGGUCACACACCAGGAAUGCCUGGGUUUCUGACAGAGGCAGAUCUUGGCGGUUUACCAUCCAAAGGCAGCAGGGAGGGAACCCACGUCUGAACCCUGCACACCUUUCUGACGGACCAGAGAAUCUCAAGGCAAUUGUAACAAGUCCAGGGAUGAGACAAACACCAGGAGCAUUGGCUAAGGCAGGAGAAUGACCGUGAAUUUGUACACUGGAUUUCCCCACCUCUACCCCCAGUAGCCUCCGCCCCUGCCUCCCUUCCUUGUUGUCUUUGCUUGUGCUUUCUUCUCUUGCCCUUGGGGAUCUGUGUCUGUGCCAGGAUUCACAUGCCAUUGACACCCACGCUCAGUGCCCUCUGGUGACCACACAUACCAUCCUCCCAUCCCCCCAGCAGGCAGCUGUGACAGCAGAAGGGCAGGGACAAGUGGGUCAAGGGUUGACCACUGAGGUGAGACGGGGAGGGAGAGGAGAUGUCCAGGGGAGAGAGCCUUGUAUAGACUGGGCAACUCAUUAAGUGUACAUACAAGUGAAUUAACUGGCAGAAACUCCUGCCACUUCUGUUGGAAGCAGCCCACUCCCCCACUGUUACUCCUUCCCCCGAGGAACCCACUCAGAGCUGCUUACAGCCAGGCAGGACGGGGCUUCCCCAAUGGGCCAUUUGUUCCGUGGUCCACAGAGCUGGAUGCCUCCUCUGUGUGUUGGAGUAGGCUGGGGCUGGGGAUUUUGCCCAGGCGGCUGGCUUUGUGGGACUUGUACAGCCUCUUUGCUGACAUUAAGCUGGACUCAUUGUCUAGCACAGAGAAUGUGUUCAACACAUACUUGUUGAGUGAAUAAAUGAUGACUGCAGACUGGCUCUCCUGCCUUAAACUAAUUUUUAUCCCAGCCUGGUCUCCUGAUAUCUAUGCUCUUUAUGCCAUGUUGCUUCAGUCAAGUAAGAGACAUUUCCUGAGGGCUUAUUGUUUGCCUACCAUUGUGCAAUAUGCUGUGGGACAUGGGACGUGGUCCUAUGAAGAGUUCAGAAAUAUUCGUGUGAGAUUAUUACCAAUGACACCUUUCAUUUCUAUGAUGCUUUACAAUUUUCAAAGCACUUUCGUGUAUCUUCCGUGUGACCAGUGAAAGAAACAGUAUUGUACAAAUUAAAAUAUAUACAGAUGCAAUAAUGUUAAUAGUUAGCGUUUAUUAAAUGCACUAUCCUCAGCUCUUU